AUGGAUUGGCCGCUAUCCCAGAAAGUUGGCGAUCUCAUCGUCGAUAUUGUAGUCGAAGAAGGCCAUUCCCUGAACCACUUUUCCCUUAUGUCUCGCGCCAUGCUGUAUCGAAUUCGUUACGCUUCCACUGCGUCACGGCACGGAACACUGGCGAGGGUCAGAAACUUUACGACACCCUCCGUGCCUCUAAGAAUAUUCGUCCCUUUGUCAAAAGACUCUUCCUGUAUGGAUUUCCCUAUGCAGAACGUCCGUCCGAGUUCCUGGAAGCCUUAUGCUCCAUGUUUUACCGCCUUGAAGGAAUUUCACAUCGAAGAUUUUUCUUGCAUCCGUCUUCCGCGCAAAUUCUUCUCACAACUCAGUAAAUGCAUCGGCAUCAGCAAGAUUACCCUCCACAAUACUGUCUUGUCAUCGUACACCGACUUCGCUUUGAUCAUUCGAGCGUUCCCGAACUUGGGAGAUCUGUAUUUGAAAUCUGUUUCUGCGACCGUUGACUCAGAAUCAUGCAGCUCUGUUCAAGACAAUUCUGUGGCUCCUACAAUCAAGACCCUCGAUAUCAACAUCUCUGAAGAAUUUUUGCUCAGAGUGUCCCGCGAUAUUCGCGAGGAGGCGGAUGCGCCCGCUGCUAUGAUACAACUCUAG